AUGCUGAAGGCAGGGAUGAUAAUCCCUUCGGAAAGCCGCUGGGCAGCACCCAUAGUGUUAUUAGACAAACCGGAUGGAUCUAUUAGAUUUUGCCUGGAUUAUAGGAAGCUGAACCAUGUCACUAAAGCGGAUGCAUAUCCAAUGCCCCGUUUAGAUGACCUGAUCGAAGCUAUAGGCCAGUGUCAUUACAUCACCUGCCUAGACUUAACCAAGGGGUACUAUCAAGUAGAAAUGGACCCUAGGGACCAGGAGAAAACUGCGUCCAGAAGUCCCUUAGGGCUGUUUGAGUUUAAAGUAAUGCCCUUUGGCUUAAAGAAUGCGCCAGCAACUUUUCAGCGAUUGGUGGACAAAAUCCUGAACGGAUUAAGAGAGUUCACAGUUGCUUAUUUGGACGAUAUGGCUGUGUACAGUCCAACUUGGGAGAAACACAAAGAGCACUUAGGGAUAGUGCUACAGCGAAUUAAAGAGGCGGGCUUAACCAUCAAAGCUAGCAAAUGCCAGAUAGGGGGCUUGACUAUUCAAUACCUGGGACACAUGGUGGGAGGAAGAGUGAUGAAACUUUUAGAGACAAAGGUAGAAGCCAUUUCAAACUGGCCUACCCCUACCUUGACUUUAAGAAAGCUGACUUCAUAAAACUUAGGGAAGUGCUGGGUGAGAUCCCAUGGACAGUAAUACUAAAAGGAAAGGGAGUUCAUGAUGGCUGGGAGUUUGUUAAGAGGGAGAUAGUACAAGCACAACGUCAGGCAAUACCAAUGAGACAGAAACAUGGAAGGUGCCUAAAGAAGCCAGGGUGGCUAUCUAAAGAACUUUUAACUGAGUUAAGAUUAAAAAAGGAUGUGUACAAAAAAUGGAAAAGGGGGGAAACCACCAAAGAGGAAUUCAAACAAAUAGCCAGCACGUGUAGACACAAAGUCAGAAAAGCUAAAGCACAGAAUGAACUCAGGCUUGCUAGAGAGGUUAAAAGCAACAAAAAAGGCUUUUAUGGGUAUGUUCGUAGCAAAAGGAAGAACAAGGAAACAGUGGGGUCACUCAGAGGAGAAGAUGGUGAAAUGCAAACAGGGGACACAGAAAGAGCUGAACUCCUCAAUGCCUUCUUUGCCUCAGUCUUCUCCGAUAAAGAAAACAAUGCCCGACCUGAAGAAUUUGGAGCAAAUGAUUCAGCAAAGGAAACACAGCCCAGAAUAACUAAGGAGAUAGUACAAGAAUACUUGGCUAGUUUAGAUGUAUUCAAGUCUCCAGGGCCAGAUGAACUGCAUCCAAGAGUAUUAAAAGAACUGGCAGAUGUGAUCUCAGAACCACUGGCAGUCAUCUUUGAGAAUUCCUGGAGAACAGGCGAAGUCCCGGCAGACUGGAGGAGGGCAAAUGUUGUCCCUAUUUUCAAAAAGGGGAAAAGAGAGGACCCAAAUAAUUACCGCCCAGUCAGUCUGACAUCAAUACCAGGGAAGAUUCUGGAGCAGAUCAUUAAGCAAACAGUCUGUGAGCACCUAGAAAGGAAUGCUGUGAUCACCAAUAGUCAGCAUGGAUUUCUGAAAAAUAAGUCAUGUCAGACUAACCUGAUCUCGUUUUUGACAGAAUUACAAGCCUGGUAGAUGAAGGGAACGCAGUGGAUGUAGCCUACCUUGAUUUCAGCAAGGCAUUUGACAAGGUGCCUCAUGAUAUUCUUGUAAAGAAGCUGGUAAAAUGUGGUCUUGACUAUGCUACCACUCAGUGGAUUUGUAACUGGCUGACUGACCGAACCCAAAGGGUGCUCAUCAAUGGUUCCUCUUCAUCCUGGAGAAGAGUGACUAGUGGGGUGCCACAGGGUUCUGUCUUGGGCCCGGUCUUAUUCAACAUCUUUAUCAACGACUUGGAUGAUGGACUCAAGGGCAUCCUGAUCAAAUUUGCAGAUGACACCAAACUGGGAGGGGUGGCUAACACCCCAGAGGACAGGAUCACACUUCAAAACGACCUUGACAGAUUAGAGAACUGGGCCAAAACAAACAAGAUGAAUUUUAACAGGGAGAAAUGUAAAGUAUUGCACUUGGGCAAAAAAAAUGAGAGGCACAAAUACAAGAUGGGGGACACCUGGCUUGAGAGCAGUACAUGUGAGAAGGAUCUAGGAGUCUUGGUUGACCACAAACUUGAAAUGAGCCAACAGUGUGACGCAGCAGCUAAAAAAGCCAAUGCAAUUCUGGGCUGCAUCAAUAGGAGUAUAGCAUCUAGAUUAAGGGAAGUAAUAGUGCCACUGUAUUCUGCUCUGGUCAGACCUCACCUGGAGUACUGUGUCCAGUUCUGGGCACCACAGUUCAAGAAGGACAUUGACAAACUGGAACGUGUCCAGAGGGAGGGCAACCAAAAUGGUCAAAGGCCUGGAAACGAUGCCUUAUGACGAACGGCUAAGAGAGCUGGGCAUGUUUAGCCUGGAGAAGAGGAGGUUAAGGGGUGAUAUGAUAGCCAUGUUCAAAUAUAUAAAAGGAUGUCACAUAGAGGAGGGAGAAAGGUUGUUUUCUGCUGCUCCAGAGAAGCGGACACGGAGCAAUGGAUCCAAACUACAAGAAAGAAGAUUCCACCUAAACAUUAGGAAGAACUUCCUGACAGUAAGAGCUGUUCGACAGUGGAAUUUGCUGCCAAGGAGUGUGGUGGAGUCUCCUUCUUUGGAGGUCUUUAAGCAGAGGCUUGACAACCAUAUGUCAGGAGUGCUCUGAUGGUGUUUCCUGCUUGGCAGGGGGUUGGACUCGAUGGCCCUUGUGGUCUCUUCCAACUCUAUGAUUCUAUGAUUCUAUGAUUCUAUGAUUCUAUGAUUCUAUACCUCCAAGAAGAAAGUUAGAGCUUUCCUAGGACUAGCCAGUUAUUAUCGCAAAUUUAUUCCGAAAUUUAGCGAGAUAGCAGUGCCUUUAUCUGACCUAACGCGGAAGAAGGAGCCAGACAUGGUUAACUGGACAGCAGCAUGUCAGCGGGCGUUUGACGCCUUAAAAAGCGCCUUGACAUCAAAUCCAGUCCUUGUUGCUCCUGAUUAUGAUCGUGAGUUCACCGUCUUCACCGAUGCAUCCAAUGCCGGGAUCAGGGCCGUGCUGUGCCAACAGGGAGAGAAGGACGACCUGCAUCCCAUCACCUUCAUAAGCAAGAAACUGCUACCAAGGGAAAGACAUUAUUCGACCAUCGAGAAGGAAUGCCUUGCCAUCGUGUGGGCAUUACAGAAACUGACGCCGUACAUCUGGGGCCGAACUUUUACUUUAUGUACUGACCAUUCACCCUUGCUGUGGCUGAGAACCAUGAAGACCAACAGUAAGCUGAUGAGGUGGGCCCUAUCACUGCAAGACUUUAAUUUUACGGUUAAAAAUGUGAAAGGGACCCUGAACACCAUUGCAGACGCCUUAUCCAGAAGACCUGCAAUUGAAAGUUAA